UUCCAUUUCGUUAUUGUAGGUUUAGAAGAACACUCAUUUCUAUCUUGCGCUCGGGAUAUUUAUCGAAUGGCGGCGGCGUGGAAGCAGUUAUAUUUUGAUGUGCUGCUGGUUCCUGCGGGAUUGCUUCUGUUGUUGGCUUACCAUGUCUUUUAUUUCUACAAGGUGAGGAGGCAUCCACUCAAAACGGUGGUGGGGGUCAAUCACUUGGGAAGAACGGCCUGGGUUCACAGCAUCAUGAAGGACAAUGACAAGAAGAACAUCCUGGCUGUCCAAACUCUCCGGAACUCCAUCAUGGCCUCGACCCUCAUGGCCUCCACCGCCAUCCUCCUCAGCUCCGGCCUCGCCGCAUUCCUCAGCAGCAGCUACAGCGUCAAGCGGCCACUCCAUGGAUUCUCAAGCACCGUCACCGUCCUGGGAGCUCACGACGACAUCACCAUCGCCACCAAGUUCGUCGCGCUGCUUGCGUGCUUCCUCUUCUCCUUCAUUUGCUACAUGCAGUCCGUCCGCUUCACGAAUCAUGUCGGUUUCCUCAUCAACACUCCUGUGACAGGCGACUCCAAGAUCACUCCUGACUACGUUGCCGCAGUGCUUGCGCGGGGAUCAAACUUUUACACGGUCGGGACCAGGGGGUACUACUUUGCGUUCCCGCUGCUGCUGUGGCUGUUUGGUCCCAUCCCUGUUGUGGUGGCCUGUCUCGUGCUUGUCCCGUUUCUCUACCGACUUGACUUGGUGAGAGAUGAUCAGUGCUAACUUGAAACUCAACUGGUAAACCCCUCGUUUACCAAUAUUUUAUUAAAAGGAUCAGCUUUACUUGUAAGAAAAAAUAAAAUGAUUGAAUUUAAUGCAACCAUAAAUUUACCA